CAUCGUCUCUUCCUGCAGAAUUACCCUCUGUACAUCCGAAGCUCUCCCACAGAGAGUGAGCUCAAGUUCCACUACAUGGUGCACACGUCCCUGGACGUGGUCGAUGAGAAGAUCUCGGCCAUGGGCAAAGCACUGGUGGACCAGAGGGAGCUCUACCUAGGGCUGCUCUACCCAACUGAGGACUACAAGGUAUACGGCUAUGUGACCAAUUCCAAGGUGAAGUUUGUCAUGGUGGUGGAUUCCUCCAACACAGCCCUUCGAGACAAUGAGAUCCGCAGUAUGUUUCGAAAGCUGCAUAACUCCUACACCGACGUGAUGUGCAACCCCUUCUACAACCCUGGAGACCGCAUCCAGUCGAGGGCUUUCGAUAACAUGGUAACUUCGAUGAUGAUCCAGGUCUGCUGAGCGGGACCUCUGCCCCAGUGACCCGGAAGAGAAGCCUGUAUUCACCCCUGCGGGACGAUGAUUAUUUAUUCCCCUUCCCUUCCCUGAGUGUAACCUGUGGGCAGGGAUAUGUACCCUGUGCCUUUCUACUAAAGGCCUCACAAGACGAGUUCUACUUUGUCCUUCUGUGUCAGCAGAGAGGCCUCAGCUCAGGACCUGCUCAUUGGUCUCAGAGACUCGGGAGCAUUGCGCGAGCUAUGACUAUAACCCGUGAAGGAGGACACGGAGCACAGGAGGCUGUGGGAUUCCGUUGUCUGAGUAGAUGGGUGGUCCAGAAGGAUACAGGGUAUGGGGAGCCUAGAGCCAGCUCCAGAGGAUGGGGGCAACCCAAGGCAAAUAGCCACAUCCCUUCCUUCCUAGGCAAGGGACCUUAA